AUGGGACGCCCACUGACGCCCCUUUCUCAGCCUUGCAGCUCGGAAGAGACAAGAGCAGGAUCCUUGUCUUCCGGUCAGCCUAAAGGCUUCGGGGCUGCAUAUGUCUAUAAUACCCUGCAGCAGUGUAUUUCGGUCGACUUGCAAGGCUGGCCCCUUGAUCUUUCUCAAGCCUAUCCAACUCGCUCGCGGCCAUCUCGAUGUCAUGUCAAGUCUACCAACAAUCUUGCGGAACAGAUUAAGCGGAAAAUCUACCAUGGCUUCGUUAUCGCCUACUCACCUUCUGGUGUCUCCCAGAUCAUUGCACGAUCCAUAGUGCAAACCUCUCCAGAAGAACAAAAGGAAAUCCUCGAUCGCUUUGUAGACAUGAAGCAACGAGAACUGGCAACUGUCAUUGUAUCAUGCGCGCUUGUCACGUCGCUCGUCGCAACGCUCAUGUCGUGGUCUUGGUUUCCUGUGCCGGCCUUCACCGCGAAGAUUGCUGCUCUCUGCGCACUGAUCCACUCGCUGGUAGCCAUCGGCAUCGCAUCGCAGCAACUCAUCGCUUUGACUCGCGCACACAUCCAUCCUCACCGUACUCAAAUCAUGCAGUACAUUCUCUUCGGCUCAGUUGCCAGUCCGAGCUCGAGCCCGCACCUGCAGUCGCCUUUGACUGAUACGCAGAUCGAUACGGGAAGUGCAUGGCGCCACUUUUCCUGGCAGAUACCUACCAUGCUGCUCGGAAACAGCAUCCUAUUCACGUUGGUCGCGCUGGGGAUUGCGGUGUUUGAUGAAGGGAGAAAGGCUGCGGUCUGGCGCACUCCAGAGAUGGUCACAGCAAUCUGUAUUGCAGUAUCGUUGAUGUUCAGUGUGAGCUGCUACUUCAUCUCGUGGUUCAAUAUCGAGUGGCAGAUGCAGGAGGCGAUUGCCAAGGACUUUUAG